CCAUCACGUGUUCUCGUGCUUACAAAAUGGAGUUGUCCGACUCUGUACGGAAGGGACUCCGGUCUCUUUCCAACCCUUCGAUCUUCGACCAGGGCAGCUUCCCGGUGCUGGUGGACGUGUCUUUCCGCAGCCUCGGGAACCUGCACGGCGACGCCGCUGUCCUCGAUCGGCCGGAGUUGAAGAAGGUGGACCAGCUGCUGCUGAAGCAGAGUCACGCGGCUGCAACCAGCUUUAUUCUGGAGGCGGUCAAACACAACUCGGAUCCUUCAUCUGUCAGUUCUCAUCUUGAAGAAAUUGGAUUUAGUUCUGAGAGAGUAGAAAUAUUUCUAAAUGCAUAUCAGAAACAUAAGAAGGAGUUGGAAGGUGUUUUAGCAAGAAUUGGGAACCGACCCACUCUGAUCAAUGACGUGUCAUGGCGACUUCAGUACCAUAUGAAGAACGCACAGGUGGAUAAAGUCAACGAGCCUUUCUAUUUAAUUUCAUUGAACACUGAGAAUCAAGGUACGGGUGAAGACAUCAACUUCACCUGCUCAGUGGAACAACUACAGGAUUUGGUGGGGAAACUGAAGGACGCAGCCAAAAGCGCAGAGAAAGCAAGCCAGAUCGCGCAUCCGCAACCGGACCACGUGACUGGAGCGGGGCGGUCGAACUACAAGCCAUUUUGGGGACGGUGUCAGUUUCCACGGAGCGCACACACAUACACACACGGCUGCCUUGUUACCGCGGAUAUUUUUGGAGGCAAAGUUACGGUACCGAAGUGCGGACCUUCCCGUGGAAGAAAGCGGAGAAGCGAGCAACUAGCGAGCGUCGGUUCGGCUACGCGGCGAGCGUGUGAAGCAGCGCAGACGGAGGAGCUGCGUCUGCAGCUUCAAGAUGGCGGCUCGCCUCCUAUUCAUUUGCUGCUGAUCGCCUCGCAACUUUCAUUGUCUGAUCAUCGGCAGAGCCCGCGAUUUCUCACCGAGCAUCCAGGAUCCUGCCUCCUCCCGCUCAUCAUGCACCGCACCACCAGGAUCAAGAUCACGGAGCUCAAUCCGCAUCUCAUGUGCGUCUUGUGUGGCGGAUACUUCAUUGACGCCACCACCAUCAUCGAAUGUCUUCACUCUUUCUGUAAAAUGUGCAUCGUCCGUUACCUGGAAACCAGCAAGUACUGUCCAAUCUGCGACGUUCAAGUUCACAAGACGAAACCUCAUCUCAACAUAAGAUCCGACAAAACUCUGCAAGACAUAGUCUACAAGCUGGUGCCUGGUCUCUUUAAAAAUGAAAUGAAAAGAAGGAGAGACUUCUAUGCUGACCAUCCUGUUGAUGCUGUGAACGGAUCCAAUGAAGACAGAGGUGAAGUGGCUGACGAGGACAAGAGAAUAAUCACAGAUGAUGAGAUCAUCAGCCUCUCCAUUGAGUUCUUCGACCAGAGCAGACUGGGGAGCAUAACAGACGACAAACAAACAAAAGAUCAGUUGGCAAACAAAAGGUACCUUCAAUGUCCAGCAGCCAUGACGGUUAUGCACCUGAGGAAGUUUCUCCGCAGCAAAAUGGACAUUCCCAACACCUACCAGGUUGAGGUGAUGUACGAAGACGAACCGCUGAAGGAUUACUACACGUUAAUGGAUAUAGCGUACAUCUACACUUGGAGAAGGAAUGGCCCACUUCCACUCAAGUACCGUGUCCGGCCGAACUGCAAGAAGAUGAAGGUCUGCAACGCUGCGCAGGAAGGCUCCAACAGAUCUGGCCCAGAGAGCGACUCGGCCAGCGACAAAGCCGGCAGUCCUGCAGGGGCGCCGUCUACCUCGUCCUCGCUUCCGAGCCCAGGGACACCCGCUCCAUCCCCGCAUCCUCAAGUGUCCCACGGCCCCAAAAAUGUUAACGGAACACCUGCGGCCCCGUCUACUCCGAACCGAGUAUUCACACAGUUCAACAACAACGGAACUGUCGGAAAACCACGGAAGGUUUCGCUGAAUGGCUCGUCCACCUCAUCCGGAUGACACACCGCUCCACUCGCCUGAAAUCGUCUACAUGCCAACGUAGUCCCAUUGUAUAGUCUCUCCAUCUGAAUACUCUGAUGUCAUCAUGUACAUUUAGUGGACAUUUCAAAAAUAAAAUGAUUCAGGAAUCAUGGGGGACUUUUUUGUGAAGGUCAGCAGGAGGAAAGGGUGGCAGUUUGAAAGCUACAUCUUUAUCUACAGAAGUGACUGAAAAAGUCAGUGAUAUAUUCUUUUACUGUUUCCGUUGGAUCUAAACGUGUUUGUUGCUAUUGCUUCAUGUUAUUCAAACUUCUGACCAUCUGUCUGCAUGAUCAUGAUGCCAGGUUUGUUUUGUUUUCGGGAGAAGAUUGUGUGUACAACACGGCUCAUUUAAUGGGUUUUUGUUACCAACGAAAAGACAUUAUUGUACAUUUGAUGCUUCUGUGAAAUAAAUGAUAAAGUGGGAGAUUCUGGAAAACUUUCUACAUGUCCACAUUUUAAUCUGUGUAUAUAGACAAAUAUUUAAUCAGCGGUUUUUCUCAUUUUGAUUUUCCCAACUCUGAUGUCUCCACUUCAUUUCUUGCUCUCUGACGGUCCUUUUGUGCUUCCGGCAUUUGUAUUGCUCUGUAUGGACAACUUGUAUUGUUACUGUUGCACAGUAUAAAACGCCUAAAUAAAACU